UUUGGAGCUAGAAAAUAUAUUUUAAAAAAUUCUUAUGCAAUGUCCCUAUCUCCCUAUGCAAUGUCAUCUUCAAAAUUGUUUCUAUGGUCCUAGCUAACAGACUCCAAAAAAUACUCCCAAAGUGCAUUUCAAGUGAACAAUCGGGCUUCAUAUCAGGUCGUUCUAUCUUAGAUAAUGUAUUGAUUGCUAGUGAGAUAAUACAUUAUCUAAAGUGCAAAACAAGAGGAAACAGGGGUGCAGCGGCUCUUAAGAUUGACAUAAGUAAAGCGAUGACCGAGUUGAUUGGGGUUAUCUUUUCUCUGUUCUUGAGAGGAUGGGUUUCAUCUUGAAAUGGAUUUCCUGGAUGAAGAUGUGUGUGACUACAGUAAGGUACAUGGUUGCAUUAAUGAAGAAAAGGUGGGACCAAUAGUACCUCGGAGAGGCUUGCGACGGGGGAUCCGUUAUCCCCCUAUCUGUUCAUCUUGUGUGCAGAAGGGUUAUCGGCUCUAAUUCGCCAGUACAAAAGAAGAGGUGCUAUGCAUGGAAUAAAGAUAUGUAGAGGAGCUCCAAUGAUUAGUCAUCUCCUUUUUGCGGAUGCUAGUUUCUUGUUCUUUCAAGUAGAGGCGAGUGAUGCACAAGUUAAUGAUAUCUUAAAAAGCUACGCCUCAGCUUCGGGACGAUACAUUAACUUUCAAAAGUCUGAAUUAUUUUUUAGCAGGAAUACCGAGGCAUCAAAGAGGGCCCAAAUUGCGAAUAUUAUCGGAGUGCGUGAAGGUAUGGGUACUGGUGUUAUUGGGCUUCGUUGUAUAUUUUGUAGAUUAGCCUUAGUUGUAUUUCAUGGGCCAAGGGCUACCAAGGGCUAUCUUUGUAUCUAUAAAUAUUGUAAUCUUCUUAUGCAUAAGAUAAGAUAGAUUGGCUCCCAAAUUAUAACUUCGAAUAUACUUCAGCCGUACUCAUAGCCGAAUAUGGUAUCAGAGCAGCGCAUGUAAUGCCCUACGCAUUAUGGACGGAAGCAAAAACAAAGAGAAUGAAGCCAGCGUCUUCGUCUUCUACCUUUGCCAUGACUGACCCGUCUAUCCGGCCUAAAGGACCUCCUGCCGGACAAGGAGGUACUGCUCGUGCACAUGCUAUGUCUUCGGCACCAGGCAGCAGCAGUGGACCGAGUUUUGGAGCGAACCAGGCAGCAACGAUCCCCGGUAGUGGGACCGGCAGUGGGACAGCCCCAUCUGGUGAGACAAACGUACUAAACGAAUUAACUAGGGAACAAGUUCAGGCACUUUUGAAUUUGAUUAAUGUUGCUCCUACUUCAUGUGAUCGCAUGCCGGGUACGUUUACUUCUUUGCCUUGGAUUAUUGAUACCGGGGCAUCCCACCACGUCACGGGUGAUUUGUCUUGUUUAAUCGAUUGUGUUCGUAUUAAUGCGUGCCCGAUUGGCUUGCCCGAUGGAAGAACCGUGACUGCCGAAGUAGAGGGUCGAGUACCUCUGAAUAAAAAUCUCGUUCUGGAUCAUGUGCUUUAUGUGCCCGGCCUGAAUUGUCAUCUUAUAUCUGUCUCUCAACGGAUUGAUAAGAGUGAUUGUAUUGUAGUUUUCACUAAUUUAUUUUGUGCUAUACAUGACCUACACUCGAGGAACCUGAUUGGAGCCGGUGAACGGAGAGAUGCGCUAUAUUAUUUCUGGGGAAUUCCUGCACUGAAUUCUGUUCACGCAUCAGGACUUUCAGAUUUCGAGCUAUGGCACCGACGUCUUGGUCAUCCCUCAGAUAGGGUCAUCAGAUUAUUACCUCAUUUUGUUACUAGUUCCUCUGUCAAAAAAUUAAAUAAAGCCUGCGAGGUAUGUCCGCAAGCCAAACAAGUUCGUGACUCUUUUACUAUCAAUAGCUUUCGCGCUAGUCGCAUUUUGGAACUUGUACAUUGUGAUUUGUGGGGCCCUUAUAAAACUCCUUCUACGUGUGAUGCUAUUUAUUUUCUCACUCUGGUUGAUGAUUUUUCGCGGGCCGUGUGGGUCUACUUAUUGCGUGACAAAAAGGAGGUGUUUCGAUUUUUCUUGUCCUUUAUUACUAUGGUGGAAAAACAAUAUGAGGUGUCUGUAAAAACCAUUUGUAGUGAUAACGGGACCGAG